GUGACAAAUGACAAUCCGCAAAGAAAGUCAAGUCCGCGAGUGAAAAUUUUUCGAGUCGGCUGCAAACGAAAUCUGGAAUCAAAUUUAUGCUUCGCGAUAAAUGCUAAACGCAUCAAAAAUAUUGUCCCCACGUCGGUGUUCGCUAGAAGUUUCAAGUGCACUGUGUUUUGAUUCCGGAGAACGCGAUCCGGUGGGUGGGAAAGUGUCGAACAGAUAUUUCUUCUGACGAAGACGGGAGGAUUAGGUGGCCCAGAAAGAAGAGCGAGUGAGUAAGGCUGGCACUUGCGUUUGACGAAUGAAAAAAAUCUGUUUCGUCCACAAAAAGAAAAGAAGUGUUACUGAUAACGGUGUGCAUUGACAGCAGCCUUAUACAAAAGUUAUUGAGAACGAAAGCAGUAUUGUCCGCCGAUAAUGUCUGGAUUUGACGAUAAUCCGUUCGGAGAGCCAAUAGUCGACAAUCCGUUUGCGGACCCUUCGAUUCAGGCAGCUACCCGCAACAGUACCAAUCCCCAACAGACCCUAGACGAUUAUGAUCCUUUUUCGAACGAUACGCAACAGCAGCGGACACAGAAUAACUUCGGCCAGCCUGCUACCCUGCAGCCCUCAUCACAAACCGUUCCGGCCUACAGCCAAAGUGCAGCGCAAUACAACAACAAUGGGGCAGCCGGGGCCAGCAGUCCUUCGGCGAUGACACAGAUUUCCACCGCCGAACUCCAGCGGCGUCAAGAUGAGCUGGAGAAAAAGGCCCAGGAGCUGGAGCGUCGCGAGGCCGAACUGAUGAACAGUGCCAACGCCAGUCGGCCGAACAAUUGGCCACCGUUGCCGUCGUUCUGCCCGGUGCAGCCAUGCUUCUAUCACGACAUCAACAUCGACAUUCCAACCGAGUUCCAGAAGAUCGUCCAGAAUCUGUACUACCUGUGGAUGUUCUACGCUCUGGUCAUGGUCGUCAACAUCUUCGGUGGACUUGUGAUACUGAUCCAUGAGGGUGAUUUCCGAACGUUCGGACUGGGUAUCUUCUACGCGGUGCUCUUUACUCCGGCUUCGUUCCUGUGCUGGUAUCGCCCAGCGUACAAGGCGUUCAAGAACGAUUCCAGCUUCAACUUUAUGAUGUUCUUCUUCAUAUUCUUUUUCCAAACGUUGGUCACCAUCAUUCAGACGAUUGGAUUCCCCGGGUCUGGCACAUGCGGUGUUAUUACGGCCAUCGGGCAAUUUUCUAGUGGUGGCCUUGGUAUUCUGGUCGGUAUUUUCGUGCUGGCUAUUGCUUUAGGAUACGGAUCGUGCGCUGCUGGCAAUAUCUUCAUGCUGAGCAAGAUUCACGCCAUCUACCGUAGCGGUUCCGAGACGAAUCGAAUCACAAUGGACAAAGCUCGCCAGGAGUUUCAGUCAGGCUUUUUCGGGAACCAGAUUGUGCGGGAUGCGGCGGCCGGUGCGGCACGGGCUACCGUGCAAUCGCAGUUCAACCAGAACAGGUACUGAAAAUUCAAUCCCAAAUACAAAACAAGCAAACAAACACUACAACAAACUAUUACUAUUAUAUUUACGAAGCAUUACCCACUUUCGAGUUAACCGUUUAUUUAUGUUUACAAACGAUUACUUACUGUCGUGUAGCUAUAACCCAGUACGGUUGUUGAACCUUUUUUCUACUACCUUCACUAUUCGAUCAUCUCUCACACCCUAAUUCAUCCCGUUGUUUCCUUUCAAUAAGAAUUUCCGUUUAUAACUAUUUGAUUUCGAUUUUGUUUUUAAAUUUUUGAAAAUUGUCUGAACGAAAGUAGUUUCUGUUUCUUGUUUUGCUCCGUUGUGGGAUUUGUUUUGACCCACAAAACAGCUUUAUCGAUUAAGUAUGGUCUGUUCCAAUUUGAGAUUCAAUUUAUCAUCAACUUUGUAUUUUUGAGUUUAAUUGACCAGUCGACGAUGAGUCAUUGAAUAGGGAAGAAAUAUGGUAGGCGAUUAGCGAGAGCGAAAUAAAUUGUGAGAGCAAGCAUAGAAUGAACUAAACUAAUCAUUUAUCACAUAAACGGUUAAGCUAAUAGUUGCUAGGCAUGAAUCAAAAUAUGAAUAAAAAAAACACUUCAGUGAUCAUUCAAAAUGAUUAGAUUUAAAUCCUAAACACAACACACCGAGACUAAAGAACUUUCUUGCGAUAGGGUGUGUACAUCAAAGAUCGAUAGCGAAAAAUAAAUGUUUAUAUGUUUUAGCCGAAGGCUGGAACAUUGUAAUUAACCCUAAAAUGAAAAGAGCUUUGUUGUUCAUUUGGUCUCCUUUAUGACUAAUGAUGAAAAAAUAAUAAUAAAUCGAUAACAUUUUGAAAUGCAGCAUCAGUUUUCUUUUUAUCGUCCUUUACCAAUUAGUUGUUAGGAAAAAAACGGCGCAGAGGAUUGUACCAGCACCCUCUAUGUUAUCGAAGUAUGUGGUAGGUUGAAAAUGAAAGUCAGAAUGAGCAAAAAAUCAAUUACGUUAAAUUAGAAUCUUCCUUCUAUAUCAACAAGCAUUCAACUGUUUUGUUUUGAAUUUUUAAAUUUAGGAAGACUGACUCUCUGUUUCCGUUCGUUUGCAGCACCUUCUAUAGAAAAUAUGUUCACUAAAACAGAGUACAAGCUAGGCACACCCAUACUUAAGCUUGCACAUUCUUAAUUGCGUACUAAGAUAAAUUCGAUUGACUGGUGAAAUUGAAAAUUCCAUUUUUUUUUCGUUUGUUAAACAAAAUGAUUUAUUGUGAAUUAAGAUUCUUUAUUGUUUUCGAAAAUCGCAAAAGAGUUUUUCGCGGAUAGUGAUACAGAUGGCAUGGAUUAGUCCCGAAAUAUGGAAAUGUAACAAAGUACAUACGAUAAUAAUAAACGUCAAGAAAGUCUAUUUAAACCAAA